UGCGGCGGCGGCGGCGCGGGAUGAACGGGACGGGCCGGGCGUACGGGAGCGACGGGGCAGCGCUGCCGGCCGGGGCUCGCCCGCUGGUCAGCGCCCUCAUGUUCUCGGCCGGGCUCCUGGGCAACCUCCUGGCGCUGGGGCUGCUCCUGCGCGGCCGCCGCGGGGCCCGGCAGCGCCCGCCCGCGCUGUUCCACGUCCUGGUGCUGGCCCUGGUGCUCACCGACCUGCUGGGCACCUGCUCCGUCAGCCCCUUGGUGCUCGCUUCCUACCACCGCAACCUCACCCUGACCAGCCUGGCCCGCGGAGGGCACAUCUGCCUCUACUUCGGCUUCGCCAUGAGUUUCUUCGGCCUCGCCACCAUGCUCAUCCUCUUCACCAUGGCGCUGGAGCGCUGCCUGGCUCUGGGGAGACCGUACUUCUACGAGCGCUUCCUGAGCCCCCGCACGGGCCUGGUGGCCCUGCCGGCCAUCUACAGCUUCUCGGCCGCCUUCUGCUCGCUGCCGCUGCUGGGCUUCGGGCGCUACGUGCAGUACUGCCCCGGCACCUGGUGCUUCAUCCAGAUGCACCUGGAUCCGCAGCGGAGCGACGGGGAGGCGGCGGGGCUGAACGUCACCUUCUCGCUGCUCUACGCCACCCUGCUCCUCUUCCUCAUCGUGGCCGUGCUGCUCUGCAACCUGAGCGUCAUCGUGAACCUGGCCCGCAUGCACCGCCGCGGGCAGAGGAGCCGCCGGGUGGCCGGCACCGAGCAGCCCCGGGCGGCCGCGGGCUGCGGCCGGCGCAUGUUCUCCAUGGCCGAGGAGAUCGACCACCUCCUGCUGCUCUCCAUCAUGACCAUCACCUUCGUCAUCUGCUCCCUGCCCUUCACGAUCCGCGCCUACGUGAACAAGUUCCGCCAGGAGCAGGGCGACCACGAGUGGGACCUGCUGGCCCUGCGCUUCCUCUCCAUCAACUCCAUCGUGGAUCCCUGGGUCUUCGCCAUCCUGCGGCCGCCCGUGCUGCGCCUCAUGCGCUCCGUGCUCUGCUGCCAGGUCACCCCCACGGCCCCGGGUGGCCACGCCGUGUCCUCUGCCGUGACAAAGCUGCCGGCGCGGCCGCAGUAGAUCCAGGGGGAUCCUGCCUCCUGACGGGCAGUUCUGGGCCCCUCAGCUUGGGAAGGAUGUUGAGAUGCUCGAGUGUGUCCAGAGGAGGCAACGAGGCUGGUGAGGAACACAGAUCCUGUGAGGGAUGGCUGAGGGAGCUGGGGGUGCUCCGCCUGGACAAAA